AAUGCAACAGUCAACAAAGGAAGAGGGAGAGGAACGGGCUGUAGCUAAAGUUGCUAGCUAGCACAAAAAAGAGGAAGAGAGAAAUGGAGCUGUCAUAAAAUUUUAAGGAAUGUAUCUCUCAUCAAACGGGCAAAUACAGCUGAGAAAACAGCCUCGGCUCUUCACGUGCAUGGGAUGAUGACAGACCAUCAGCAGUGGGUGUUUAUGAAGUGAAGCAGCUCUUGGUCGUGCGAGGGAGCUGACUGUUAGAUUAGAUUAGCAGCUAGCAGUCUGUUAUUAGCACGCUAAUGCUAAAUGCGUUCCUCGUCGUCAGAUUUACACACACAUUCGACCCUGAUCCAUCUUUAUGAAGAAAAAAAGGGAAAUUAAACUAUUUAAAGCGAUGACGAAGGCUUUGGCGUUCACAUGAUUGACAUUUCCCAGUCACAUGGCCAGACUCUGCGGUUAGCAUCUUUCGGUCAGCAGAUAGGACCGUCCCAUGCCCUCACCUGACUGGAUGUACAAGGAUGAAGAAGAUCAGUCUGAAGACGAUCAGAAAGUCACUUAACAUAAAGGGCAAAGAAGAUGGGGAUUUCGUCAUGCUCCAGCAGCCAUCAUUAGCAGCUGAUUUCACCAAGGAUGACUCUCUCUUCGGGGGCUGUUACACCAAAGGGCUGGUAGGUUGUGAUCUUAAUGGGGAGGAUGAGAAGGGUCAUAAGAACCGAUCGAAAAGCGAGAGUCUUAUGGGCACUCUAAAGAGGAGACUGUCUAACAAACAGAAAGCGAAAGUCAAAGGAGGAUCCACAGCAGUGGGCUCUGGAGAUGAUGAUGAUACCUUCUCUUCCUCAUCAGUCCCCAUAAGCUUUAAUGAAGUCAAAGCUCAGCGGCCCUUAAGGUCCUCGUCCGUCCGAAGCCAUCAUUACAGCCCUUCUCCAUGGCCUUUCCGGCCAGUAGGCUCUGAAGAGGCUUGCAUCAAGAUGGAGGUGAAGGUCAAAGCUAUGGUCCACUCCCCCAGUCCCAGUCCCUCCCUCAAUGGCAUCAGAAAGGAGUUCCAUGACAUUCAAUUAGAAGGUCUGUUCCAGGAUCAGAGCGAAUCUUUGAAGGACAUGGAGACUCAGAGUGGCAACUUGCAUUUGAACAUUGAGGAUCACGUGCCUAUUGGACUCACACCUCAGGACUACAUCCAGUACACAAUGCCUUUAGAUGAGGGAAUGUACACCGAUUCAUCCAAGUCCUUCUGCUUGGAUGGUCCCUCGCCAAUGGAAGUGGUUGAUCAGGUCGAAUCGAACUUGUUGCAUGUGGAUCAGGGCCCGGAUGACCAUGAUCUCAUGCCAUCAGACAUUCUCAUGGAGCAGGCGGUGAACGGACAUCUUCCUGGUACUCCGGCGAUGGUCCUUUCCAACUCCAGAGCUGACACACCUUUAUUUUCUCCCUCCCUGUCACCUCUUUCCAGCAACGAUAUUUCAAGGACCCUCUCCGGGUUCAGUGGUGCAGACUCUCAUGUUGUCGAGAGAGUGAGGCACCACCUGAACUUUGACCCUAAUUCCGCUCCCGGUGUUAGCAGAGUGUACGAUUCUUUCCAAAGCAGUGGACCCAUGGUUGUAACAAGCCUUACAGAGGAACUUAAAAAACUGGCCAAGCAGGGUUGGUAUUGGGGACCUAUAACUCGAUGGGAGGCCGAGGAGAAGCUCAUCAACCUUCCAGAUGGCUCUUUUUUGGUGAGGGACAGUUCAGACGAUCGCUAUCUCCUCAGCCUGAGCUUUCGGUCACAGGGAAAGACGCUUCACACCAGGAUCGAACACUCGAAUGGCAGAUUCAGCUUUUACGAGCAGCCCGACGUAGAAGGUCACACUUCCAUCGUAGAUCUCAUAGAGCACUCUAUAAAAGACUCUGAAAAUGGCGCAUUCUGUUACUCCAGAUCCCGUCUGCCGGGGUCUGCCAUGUACCCCGUUCGGCUGACCAAUCCUGUGUCACGGUUCAUGCAAGUGCGUUCGCUGCAAUAUCUUUGCCGCUUUGUCAUAAGACAGUAUACGCGGAUAGAUUUGAUUCAGAAACUGCCUUUACCAAACAAAAUGAAAGAUUAUUUGCAGGAGAAGCACUACUGAACAGAUUGUAGUGGGAUAUGGUAGUAAAAUGCACUUUUUGUUGAGUGGCGUGUCCUUAAAACAGUUUACAUAUAUGGAGGUCAGGUGAUCAGUUGUGCAGGUUGACUAUCCGAUCUUCCCACAAAAAUAUGCGGUAAAUUUGUUGUUGCUCAGAUUCAGUGUUUUACAUAUUGCAGGUCUUUUCAGAGCAAUGUGGUAAGUCCAGAAACCAUUUAGGAUUGGGAUUCAAUGCCUAACAUAAAUAUUCUUAUUGAGUAUGAUUUGCAGUAAUGCUAAUACAAAGCUAGUAGGGCUGCACGAUAAAUCAAACCCCAUUAAUCACGAUUGUCAUGUGCAUCAGUAAAGCCAGUUCUGUGAUUAGCAGUAAAUCUCCCAUCGCCUGUUCUCAAGUGGAGCAGCGUUUGCUACACAGAGCUGUAGUUCUUUGACAAGCUUUGCAAAAUCGCGUUCAUAAUCGCAGACGAUAUAAUCAUAUGAUGGUGAAAUCGUUCGCGAUAAUGACAGCUGUUUGCGUAUCUUGAACUAUGGCACUGUGUAGUAAAUGUUGCUCCAUAUGAGAGCAUGUGAAAACCAGUGUUAAUUUUGCUAACGAAGACAACACAGAACAUUUUUUAUGUGACUAAGAUGAGACGUUGACGAGCUAAAAAUAAUAUCUGAUGACAAAAUUAGGAUGAAAUUUAUGCAGCGUAUUCGUUAACUAGACGAGACUGGACUAUAAUGUUAUGUGAGGACUAUUGGACAUUCAAAAUGCAUCCUAUAGGCUAUUGUCUUUCAAAAUGUGUGUUCCUGUCAUUGGAUUGCAAUCUAUUCUUAGUAUGGCAGCCGCAGUGGAUGGAUAGACUAAUAAAACGCAAAAAGUUGUCCUUUUUCAUUUCUGUUAAAUGGAUAGUUCAGUAAUUUAUUCUAGACUUUCCAAGUGUAUUCCUUGAUUCAAAUUUCUCAUAAGCUUAAUUGAUUUGGUCUAAAGAGAGAAGAAUUAAUUAUUCUUUUAAUUUCUUUUAAUUAAAAACUACAUAUAAAUUAGCUACCAAAAUAAAUUUUGGUGACUACAGUUUGACUAAAAGUAUUGACUAAAAGUUAACUAAAAUGCAAUUACUUUUCGUCGACUAAAACUAUGAAAGACUCAAAUGACUAAAAUGUGACUAAGACUAUUAAGCUUUUUUUCUCUCAAGACUAAGACUACAUACAAAUUGCCUGACAAAUUAACACUGGUGAAAAUACCACAUUUUAUUACAUGUUUUUACUCCAAAUUCACAUUAUAAGGUCAGUCGAGUGUUUUCUUAAGCAAAAUAAUUAAGGCAAACAAUAUUUCAUUGUAUUCUAAGCAGUGAUAAAGGCCAUGUCGAUUAGCAUUUCAUUAUAUAUCUACUUUAUGAUGAAAAUUAUAAGAACUGAGAUAAACUAUAUAUUGCCAUAGUUGUGUAUUUAUUAGUCACAUUGAAUCAAUGAAAGCAGUGAAAUCUUCUGUUUAUACAUAAAAUGUAUUGCCUUUGGUAUUUAAUUUUGAUUAAUUGUGCAGCCGUAAAAGCUAGGAUUUGAAGAUGGAAUGUUGCAUUAAUGUGCUUCAUUCAUCAAUAGUUUUGCUGUAGUGUAAAGGUGUGGUCACAUUGGUGAAAUUUUGGCAAAAAAACAAAAGGUUAUUUUCAAUAGCGAUGUAUGGAGCGCAGCUAUCAGAAGACACUUUCAAACCAAGCAGUUUUUUUGUUGGUCAUUGUGCUGAAUGUGAUGCAAAAUCUGUGAAGAAAUCUUUCGAAAUGGAUUCCUAUUGAAAUUACUGGGUUUUCGCCCAUGAAAAUUCACACCUUUACAAGAAAUUAGCUUUUCUCUGGAAAUAUGAUGUCAGCCUCGUUUUUGGCAGGUUUUGAUAGUUUUCCUUCUACAAAUGGGUACUUUUAAUGAAGCUUGCGAAUAUGCUGGAUGACUGAGUUUUAGUUAAAUACAGUUAUCAUGUCGAAUGCAUCAAAGUUCGACAGACAGCUUUUUUAUAAGAGUUUUAAUGCUUUACAUCUAUUAAAGGGUUAACAGUUAGACAUUUAUUCAUCCAUUGGACUUCUGUAGAUCUGUGCAACAAAUUUACUCAGUCUUAUAUAAGAAGGCCACAAAAAUGGACUGUGAAUCACAUCCUAAACAAAUGUUAUAGAAGAAUACAUGCAGAAUGCCACAAAUCUGUGAUGUUAUACACAAAGGGAGCAGGUAGAGAAUAAUUUUUAUUUAAUUUUUUUUUUGUAUAGUGUGGUUCAUACAGUAUUCUGUCCAAAUCAUUUUUGGCUCAUGCACAUUAAGCAAAGGUUUAUUAUGAUUCAUGAACAUAUUAUUUGUUUUGUUAAACAUAUUAAUUAUUUUCAUAUUCUAGUGCUGGAAUGAUUGGAAUUGGUGACAACCUACCCAACCCUAAAAACACAGUUUUAUAGAGACAUUUGGCUUGUUUAUACAUCAACCAUAAGCAAACUUUUAAUUAAGCAAAUUUCUCAAUUAUGCAUUCUUGAGUGAAUAUGGGAGAUUUCUUUUUGCUCUUCCCCGAAUGACAGAAGUCUUUCCUCACCCUCUGUCCUCCAAAAUAGCAGCAUGUCAGCCUGUCAAUAUUUCAUAAAAUCUGCUUCAAGCCAAAACUGUUGAAUUCAGACAUUUGAGAAGUUAUGCACUGUUAGUUAUGCAUUUUGUUUUUCCCACACCUUCUCUUUCUAGUCCCCUGAAAGGGAAUUAUCUGUUGCUUUUGUUUUAAUGUAAUGAGGGCUUCAGAUAGGAAAAAUUGUCAGUCAUUGGAUGAUCUUUAGUUUUUGCGCAUUACUUAAAUGAUGCUGGGAUAAAUAUGACGUUAAAUGGUUUAGCUUGUGCACUCUUAUGAGUCGGCGCUGCUUGGCUUUGGACUCUGUUGGGAUAAUCAGCAAACAGGGGAGCUUAUAAAUGUCUCUUUAGCUGGCAUAUUGAAUGUGUGUGAAUCAGAGCCAGAUCUUUCUAUUUGCGGUUUCACAGCACACAUGGUCUAAUGCCUUUUAAGGGCCUUUUUAAAAAAAGUGCCAACUGCUGUUCACAGAAACCGGUGAACAAUGCCGCGGAAAGUAUUCGUGAGACACCUUAAGGAGACUUUGAAGGUUAGCUGUCAAACAAACACAGUUUGCCAUCUUUGCGUUAUUCAUUAGUGAAAACAUAACCCAUAGGGUUCAUUCCGUCAGUGAAAAAUGUUUUUUACAAAAUGCGUAUAAGGGAACAAUUUGAGAUGAAAAUUGCUCCUUAACACACCUGGAAACUUAUUUUAAAUGCUGUAUCUGUGUGUGUUUUGGUAAAGAAUAUGAUAUUCAUGUUUAUUUGCUGUAUUCGAAUGGGCAAUGUUGCCAUUUUCCAAUUAAAUGAAGGGUUUUCUUUUCUGAAUGAGUUGUUGGAUGUCAGAAUCAUCACCUAAAUUGUGUGUGUUUGAGUAGUGUGAGAGUUGUGGUUGAGUAAGCAACAAAAAGAGGAAUGUUUUAGGAAAGGCACAAAUCUUUCAAUUCGUUGAAAAUGCGUUUACCAGAAUGUGGAAGUCGGCUAAUGCAAAAUUUCAAUGUGAACUGAAGUGUUUGACCGCAAUGUACAUUGAAUAUCCUUUUGUUUUGAUUCCCAAAUGUGUGGCAUAAUUAGAAUAAACACUGAAAAUGUUUAAAAAGAAACAAAGUUGCCGGGACUCCAUCACGUUCAAUAUCAUUUUCAUGACCUUGUAUGUAUGUCGUUAGAUGUCGCUUGUUGGGAUUGCUGAAGCACUUUGAACCGAUGACAGCUGAGCGCUUGACAAGCUUCACUGAAAUAUCUAUUUUUCUGAUUCAUGUUCUGUUGUCCUUGUGCUGCGAAUGAAGGUGAAUGUUUACAUGAUGUAUUUAGGUCAGAUUAGUUAUCUGGGUUUCUAUCUCUUAAACGGCUUGGUACAGUUUUACAACAUAUCUCUUUAAUGUGUCAUACACAUUCGUGCUGCUUUACGAUCAUGAUUGCCUUUUUAAUUACAAGGUGGGGGAGAUCGAAGGUCACCUAGAUAUAAGCCUAUGUAUGUUUAAAACGACUUUGGUAUACUCCUCCCGAGAAAGUCACAUGCAAAAAUAGUAUUUAGUUAGUUAGAAUAAUGCUCUGAAUUCAGUCCUUUUUGCCCAAAAGGGUCUGCUCACUGCAGUUUACACGGUCAGUUUUCCAAAAUCAGAUCUUGUUGUUCAUUUGAAUUCAUGAAAGUACCAAUAGUGUUUUCUUGCACAUUUGGAUACAGUUAAAAAAUGUUUUGUAUCUGCUGGUAUAAAUUAUGAAUAAAAAAUGAUCCAAAGCUU